GCCAUGCACAUUGAUGCUUUUUUCGAAUAUCUUACAGGAAAGAUGCCAAGGUAUUGCACUCAAAUCCCUCCCCCACAUGAUCCCUUCCCGAAGAAUGGACGGGAUGGUGUUCCCUUGGAGGAGGAUCUUGCAAUCCGCGCACUGGAUCCCUCAUACCGUCCCAAACGUGGCAGGAAGAAGACGGACGAUGUGAUGGGUGAUGACGAUUCCACCCCUCCACCGAAGAGACCCCAUCUGGAUACGUCGUUUGCGUUUAGCACUUCGACUAAUCCACAGUCUGCUUGCCCGAAUAGCGCGCUUCCAAUGAGUGCUCAUCCGGAUGAUUUUGUCAGCAAUGAUCCUUGGGCAACCGCUACGAUAUCCACACCGAGCAAUUUGCAAAGAGGGUUAUCUCCUAAUUCUGCCAUGACCGCACCUGGAGGAGCACAUAUCCGUUGGCGUCUAAAUGCUCAGGAUAAUCCUAACAGCCCGCAUCCGCUGUCUGCUGUUAGUCCCAUGACUGGACGUCCGCCGGACUCGGCUUUUGACGAGCCACUGUCUGCCGUUACGCCUUCAACAACUCGACCCCGGGCAAGGCGGCGCCACGGUCCUGCUGUCUCUUCAGCUUGGCCGAGCAGCAGCGGCGGAGCAAAUGGAAAGUUGCGCGGCCGGCCGCCAGCUAACCGCUCUGUUCGUGACGGGCCUUACGUAACCUUUCCGGCAAAUCCCAAUACCAAAGAAGCUCCGGUUAUCGACUUGAGCCGCAACACCCCGGGCCCCACCCCUGUCCAGGAACGCGCACAGCCCGAAACGGGUGUAACCGGAGAACAGCAAAUGUUCCGGUUCCCACCGACCCCUGCUUCGGCUGUGUCAACAGCAUCAGCGCAGCCAACUGUUCCAGCCUCUUCUGGACCGGGACGCGGCCAGCGUCUUUCGUUACAAGUUCCCCGGCGUGAGAGUGGUCCGGUACAUCUCGUGACACCGACGGUGCUUGUCAACGGCGAAUCGGACGAUAGUGCAUCGCAAGGAAACGCAACAAGCAUCUUUGAUGAACUCACCAAAGCUGCAGGAAGUAUGCUUCCUAGGAUUACGCGUGAAGAUCUCCGUCGUUCUCUCGCUGCUGAGCUCCUUCGCGCUGAAAUCAGCAAUCGUAAACGGCUGCGCGGCUCCGAGGCAAAGGCGCUGGCCCACGCACUGCUGGAUCGCCUACAGGCGCAGAAUCAGGGUACGUCAAGAUCAGCGGUCGCCAACAACAGAGAAGAAGAUGAGGCUAUUUUUGGCAUCACAUGCGCCAGCUGGCUUGGUUUGGCUGCACCUCUGGGGCUCGGGGGAAAUGGGAUUGUUGGCGGGACGAGAAAGAUCUCGGUGCAGAGGUUCAGGAUGAGCGACGAUGGGUACGAGAGUCCAGUCGAUGACGAUGAUGACGGAGCAAGCGAAAGCACGCCAGGAGAUGGCAGGAAGAUCAAAGAGGUAUUUGACGUGAGCUGGAGUCUGUUGUUCGGAGGGUGUGGAGGAGAGUUUUUGGUGAAGGGGUUGAUUCUUAACUCGGAGGGCGAGGGGCAGGAUGGAGAGACGAAAGACGAAGGGAGUGAGAAGAGCCUGGAGGAACGGGUCAGGGCGUUGGAGGCAGAGCUGAGGGCAAAGGAGCAGGAGAUGCAGCGGCUGAGGGAGACGGUGUUGGGAGCGGUGAUGUGACCCCUGUCUUCAGCCACAGCACAGACGCACUGCAUUGCCCUAUUGCGCAACGAGUGAUUCGUCAGCCUUACGGAAGCGACGGCGGCGUGUUAAACUUUAGCGCAACGAGAGCGUGUCUCUUGCUUCUCCAACGCUCUCUAGUCUAUCGUGUACCCGCAGCAAAAGAGCGAUGGAGCCCAAGAAGCACCAAUUGGAC